AUGGCAGAAGCGCGUAAAAUCAAGUCGCUGAAACUUCAGCUGAAUGCGGUAAAACAAUCAAUAGAUGCAAUAGUUGAUUUUGCCGAAAAAGCAGCUAAAAACCAUGUGGAGGUUACCACGCGCCGGGAUAACCUACAAAAGCUGUACUCUCGAUUUAUCAGUCUGCAGGACGAGCUUAUAUCACUAGAUGAUGACCAUGAAGAACAACAUUUUGCGUUUCGUUUAACAGUGGAAGAGGCUUAUUAUAAAGCAGAUGGCAUAUUGUCGAGCGCCCGCGACAUCGAGGAGAAAAAGGUAAGCCUAACCUCAAAAGUGAAGCUGCCGGACAUAAAACUGCCCACGUUUAAUGGAAAUUCCAAAGAUUGGAUGAAUUUCCACUCGAUAUUUUUAUCCAUGAUCAACGAUGCUCCGCAAUACAAUGGUACGCAAAAAUUGUACUAUUUACGUACAUCAUUGUCCGGCCCAGCACUACAACUCAUUCAAAGUAUUCCAAUCUGCGAAGAAAACUAUAACGUGGCGUGGCAACUGCUGACAAAACAUUAUAACGAUCCAAAGAAAAUUAAGCAGUUACACGUGGAUGCGCUGUUCGACAAUGCUGCGUUAAAGAAGGAGUCGGCUAGUGACCUUAGAAGCAUGGUCGAAAACUUCGAGGCCAACGUAAAUGCAUUAAAGCAGUUAGGUGAACCAACCUCUCAAUGGGACACGCUGCUCAUCCACAUGCUGAGUCAUCAGCUUGAUGCCACUACGUUGCGUAGCUGGAAGGAGUACGCUGCGGAAAAGGAUGUGGAAACUUUCACUGAUCUGGUUGCGUACAUCUACAGACAUGUUAGUGUGUUGGAAGAUUUAACACCUACAACAGUGGUAAAACCAACCAAACACCGUGCCCUAACCACACAAACGAUCAACAGCAAGGGUUGUGUUUUCUGUUGCCAGCAACAUCCUCUUUACAUGUGUGAUGAAUUUUUCAAGCUGUCGUUACAGGACAAAGAGAAGUUCGUGAAUGAGCACAGACUUUGUCUUAACUGCAUGCGUCCUGGACACCGAGCGCGCGAAUGUAAAUCAUCUAGCACAUGCAAGAAAUGCCGUAAACGCCACCAUACUCUGCUAUGUCCGUCCUUGCUACAAGUAACUGAUUCACCAUCCCUGAGACAACACAACGAUACUCCGACCACGUCAACUAUGUCGUCGAUCGUCGAGCCGAUCUCUUGUGCGUCGUCCGGGCAACGUAAGACUACAUUGCUGGCCACUGCCGCGGUAAUUAUCGUUGACGACGACGGCAAAGAAUACAUCGCACGAGCGCUGCUAGAUUCAGGGAGUGAUACCUGUUUCAUUACUGAAAACCUAGCCCAGCAACUCAAAUCUCGUAAGGAGAAAAACAAUCUUAAAAUCUCCGGCAUUAGUUCCACCACUACCACAACAAAGUACAGCAUACGAGCGACACUUCGCUCACGGAUCGGGCGAUACUUCGCCGACCUGCAAUUUUACGUGUUACCGAAGAUCACGGAAAACAUUCCUUCUUCGUCGAUUGACACAUCCGGAUGGAAUCUGCCGAGCAACAUCUUUCUAGCUGAUCCUCAUUUUGAUCGCAGUGAUCGAAUUGACGUACUGAUCGGAGCAGAAAUCUUCUUUGAAAUAAUGAAGCCUCCUGGACGUAUUCAUCUCGGAAAUGAUCGACCAACUCUUGUCAAUUCAGAAUUUGGAUGGAUAUUCACGGGGCCAGUCCUAGUGCUCCGUAUCUUGCAACUCGAGUACUCUCGCAACUCGCCGAAGAUGAAGGCGAUGAUUAUCCAGAUGCAGCCCAAGUACUGA